AUGAAGCUCACUUUCAGGUGGCCAGGCGGAUCGAACCCCGUUUUCUCGUCCUUCUUGGGGCUGUUAGAUAUCAAGCUGGGUGCUGAAAUCGUACUUCUCUUCGGGCUCGUCAAUAAAGUGGCCGGGUUAUACGGGUUGAUAACCAUCUUAGUGGGAGGAUCUUUCGUCCAGCUACUCUUCUAUGCUUAUUCGACGGCUACACUAUUCGCAUUCCUUUGGGGACUGAAAGUAGUCAAGUCUGAAUCAGCAUCGCCGACUCUCCUCUUAUCUCACCUAUACACCUUCGAUCAUAUCAUCCUCACGAUAUUCCAUUACGUCUUCUACCUGAAUUACUGGUAUGUCAUCCCGCAUGAUGGACGACGAACUGCAAACUCGCAAGCACAGCAGGAUAUUAUCGAAUUGGCAUUAUCGCGAGGUGAAAUCUCCCAACCGUCCACCGAUCAGGAGAACGAGGGGCUGGACGAGCUUAGAGCAGCACUGGCAGGGGAGAUAUGGGAGAGGGAAAAGGUGUUUGCGGGUUGGACAUUGGUUGUUGGAUGGUUAAUAAAGAUUUACUUCAUAAUGCUCCUUUACUCUUACGCUGCUCACUUGAAAUCAUCGACCUAUCAUACAUUACCCUUGACAUUCCGAGGAAAAGCAACUACCAUUGCUCAUCCUACUACGCAGGAGGAUGAGAUUGAAUUAGCCAGAGCGGAAGAAGCUGCAAGGGUAUCGUCUGAAGAGACAACUCAGAAUGGUACAGGAAAUAAAGGGAAGGGAAAGGCGAAAGGGAAGAAUAAUAACGAGGAAGAUGAUUUCUCUUGGGAUUGA